CAUAUUUCUUAAACCCUAAUUGGCCUUUGCUAGGGUUUAAGCUUAUUUUCACAUGGCGUUUUCCGGCUUAGCUUUCGCUUGCAAACCUCACUUCUCUCUUCGACCUUCUCUCUUUAACUGCAUUCGCAAGGUCAGCUUCAGCACGGUCGCUGCAAUUGAGAUUCUUGAUGAUGCGGAAUCGCUAAUCAAUCACAAUUCUAAUCCUCUUCAUGGGAAAGUGUGUGAAUUGAAUAAAAAGAAACCGGAGUGGAAGAAGUUGAAAGCAGAAGACCUUGGAAUUAGUACUUCAAUGAUCAAUAAACCAACUAAGAAGGUUCUUAAUGGGCUCAAGAAAAAAGGAUAUGAGGUUUACCUUGUCGGAGGUUGUGUACGAGAUCUUAUCUUGAAGCGAAUACCGAAGGAUUUUGACAUAAUAACUUCAGCUGAACUUAAAGAGGUGAUGAGGGCAUUUUCACGGUGUGCGAUAGUUGGUAAAAGGUUUCCUAUUUGUCAUGUCCACCUUGGGGAUAUUAUUGUGGAGGUUUCAAGUUUUAGCACAAGUGGACGGAAAUUCGGUAGGGACUUCAGUUAUGAAUUUGAGAGACCUAGUGGCUGUGAUGAGAAGGAUUAUAUUCGGUGGAGGAAUUGUAUGCAGCGGGACUUUACAAUUAACGGCUUGAUGUUUGAUCCAUAUGCAAAAAUGGUGUAUGACUACAUCGGAGGAAUUGAAGACAUAAGAAAAGCUAAAGUACGAACUGUUAUUUCUGCAAAUACUUCUUUUCAGGAUGAUUGUGCACGCAUUUUGCGGGCAUUAAGAAUCGGCGCCCGUUUAGGAUUUCGCUUUUCAAAGGAAACUUCUCAUUUUAUCAAACAUCUAUCCUCAUCAAUUUUAAAGCUUGAUAGGGGAAGGCUUCUGAUGGAAAUGAACUACAUGCUAGCAUAUGGUUCUGCUGAAGCUUCUUUGAGGUUAUUAUGGAAAUUUGGACUUCUGGAAAUACUUCUACCCCUUCAGGCAUCAUAUUUUGUCCAGCAUGGUUUUCGGAGACGUGACAAGAGAUCUAAUAUGCUUCUGUCACUGUUCUCUAACUUGGAUAAGCUUCUGGCACCUGACAGGCCAUGCCACAGUAGCUUAUGGGUUGCAAUCUUGGCGUUCCAUAAAGCAUUGUCGGACCGACCUAGGGAUCCUUUAGUGGUUGCUGUGUUUAGCCUUGCUGUCUACAAUGGUGGAAAUAUGUUGGAAGCAGUAAAGAUUGCGAGGAAGAUCACCAAACCACAUGAUGAUACCUUCCACGAAUUAUUAGAUCCUCAUGUUCUGGACUUCGAGACAGUGAAAUUUGAAGCUGUGGAUCUUGCAACAUCAAUUAAAGCUGCGUUGAUCAAGAUGACUGAUGAGUAUGUUGUAUCUCAAGCAAUGGCAGGAUACCCUCAAGCUCCUUUUUCUGACCUGGUUUUUAUACCAUUAGGAUUGUAUUUGAGAGCAUGCAAGAUUUUUGAGUGUGUGAGAGGAGGCGCACAAAAGGAAUUUGUGUCAAAGCAGGGUAGUAAGAUUGAUUACGAGUCCUUAGCUUUGGGAAGCCUGACCGAGGUUCGGCAUACUUUUGCAAGGAUCGUCUUUGAUACUGUAUACCCUCUUAAUCUGAACUUAAACUAA